UCCUGGAACGUGGUCAGAGUGAGACCUCUUCCUUCUGGAUCUGUGCGCUUACCAGAAAUGACAAAACCACCAAAACAUCCCUGUCACGGAGCGAAUGGGGUCCAGCGGAGCUUAAACACACGUUUGUGACCACGAAAAGCUUUGUUCGCGUGGAGGUCAAACACGUUUAAUUCUUUCCUCUGCAUCUUGGGUCUUUCUCAGACAUGAUGGAGGAGCAGAAUGUGGAGGCAAAGCUGAAGAACCUGCUGAAGAAGGAGAAGAUCCAGCUGUGGAAGCCUCCGUACACCAACGAUAACAACCAGCCAGGGCAGCAGCACAUUCAGGAGCUGGCGAAGCUGUACGCCCCUCAGCUAUGUCUGCCGGUGCUGGAGGUGGAGGUCGCUCUGGAGUCCAUCAGAGUUCAGGCAGUGAACAGAGGGAAGCGUAAUGAGAUGUUCAGACAGACCAACGUGGCGACGCUGGAGCUGCUGCUGCCCAGAGAUGCCAGGAAGGAUCCAAAGACGAAGAACCGUGUGGAGAUGAGGCUGGACGCGUUGGGCCAGGACUUGGUGAACAGGAUCAUAGAGGAGCAUGGCCUCAAAUGCAUCAAACUGAUCCUCAGUGGGAAAACUCUGAGUUCAGAAAAACGUCUGAAUGAACAGGACGUGAAGAACCAUAGUAAGAUCAUGGUGCUGAGGGUCACUGACAGCGAGCUAAAACUGCAGAUUCUCAAAGAAGAGGAGGAGAAGAAGAACCAGGACAAGAGCCUCCAGAGAACUCAGAAAGGGUUCCAGAUCCUGUCUGAGAGAGAUGGAAGUGAAGACCCUAGGAACACACCAUUCCUGGAAAUCGCUGAUCAGAGGGGAAACCCGCUGGCGAUCCCAGACAAGGAGAGAAAGGCUCUGAUUCUGGCCAUGGGCUUCCAUGAGAAAGGUCGUUCUCUGAUGAAGAGGAAACAGUACGACAACGCCGUGUGUCACCUGCUGAGGGCCGACGAGGAGUUCAGGAAGUGCAACUCAGGUCUUCUCUCCACGGUGGACAACUUCGCCGUCCUGCAGCUGGACAUUGUGUGGUGUCACCGAGCUCUGGAGGCUCUGUCCUGCUUGGACGACGCCAGGAGCCGCCUGCAGACGGCCGAGCAGUGCUUCCUGCACUGCUACGGAGAGGAGCAGGAGAGGCUGCGAACCAUCAAGGGUAACACUGGCCGAGAGCAGGUGCUCUUCCUCCGACUGUACCUCCUCCAGAGUCUCCUGUCCUACCUGGAAGGAAAUGAUUCUCAGGCUGGAGACAAACUGUCCAAAGUGGAGUCUCUGUACAGCCGCCUGCAUCCGGACUCAGACAAAAUGAAUCAGCUGAUGGUUCUGGGUUUUAGUGAGAGGGAAGCUCGACUGGCCCUCAGAGCCUGCCAGGGAGACCUGCAGGAGGCUGUCGACCACAUCACCAGCCGCAGACAGGAGCAGGAGGAAAUGAAACAGCGAGAGAGACAGAAGAGGAGGAGCAGGAUGGACAACAUCUCCACCCUCACAGAGAUGGGAUACUCCAGGAGACAAGCUGCCAGAGCCCUGCACCGUGCGGAUGGAGACAUAAACAAAGCCUGUGGAAUCCUGCUGGACACCACGCUGACUGCUCAGGCCAACAACAACACAGAGGAGGAUGUCAGUCCAGAGAAGCUGGCUCAGUUGCUGUAUUUGGGUUUUGAAAUGGACGCAUCUGAAGCGGCCCUGAGACAAACUGGUGGAGACGUCCAGUCAGCGACUGAGCUGUUACUAAAUAACCAUGGCUUCCUGCCGGUGUCCCCAGCCUCCACGUCCUCGGAGGAGCCGUCCACGUCCUCAGAGGAGCCGUCCACCUCCUCCAACUUUGCAGAGGAUGUCGAGCUGGUGAGCGAGGUGUUGGAGGACAUCUCUCACCACGAGGAGGAUUAUUUGGACCUGACACUGGAGGAGGAGAGCGAGCUCAUUAAUGAGAUGAAGUCCUACCUGAACCGAGGGGCCGCACAUGAUGUGAAGCAAUAAAGAACCAUGUUAUCUGUUUUUAAUAAUAUGAAGGUAAAACAAAGCUGAAUCAAAGCGGAGAUGUUUUAUUUGUAGUUUGUUAGCAAUAAUUUAAUGGCUCAGAAACAGAUGAUGAAAUAUUUUCUUAAAAAAAUGAAACUUGCAUCAGAUCUGUUAGGAUCAACUUCAAGAAACUGUUGUGUUUAGCGGAACCACUGAACUCCACUGGUGAUUGUGGUGACAGGUUGAUCCUGCUGCUACUGUUCCGAAAAAGCGUCUUUAUGUAUGUCACAUCUGUUGCAUGAUGUCAGCUCAGUCGUGAGCUCUCAGUGAUGCGAUGGUUAAGGCUGUGAGUGUAAUGUCAUUUUGCUACAACAUUUGGACAGUGGUGGUAGAAGGAUUCAGAUGUUCACCUAAGAACCUACAGACAGAUCCGGAAGGUUCUCAUUUAUGUCUAAUGUCUAUGGAAAACAUUUAUAAUACAAGAUGCAGAUUGAAGCCA